AUGAUGACACCACCUCUCCGUUCAGAGCGUCGACAGACCAAGCUCGCUAGAAGGCAGAGCGGGAGCAUGCUCGGUUCCCCACUGCAACUAAGCAUCCCCCCUGCUGCAUCCCGCCAGCAUCACCCUCUCACUCCAUAUCCCUUCGAAUCGAAGCCCUCUGUGCGUCAGAAGCAGAAUGCUAUCAAGGCGCUCUCUCAAUCUCUUGCUAGUGUUGUCGAUGAAGAACCAUGUGAAUCUCAUUCGCAACCGCCCUUAGACUUCGACCCCGCGGGACGCUCGUAUGAUGACUCCAGUUCAAAUUCCGAGAAGGCGGUAUCACCACCUACCACGACGCACGAAUUUCGAAACGACGCCAUGACGCACUACGUUGGAACGGCAACGUCUCAGUCACGAGCCUACACGCGAUCCCCAAACCUGCAAGCCCGGUUUAAUACAGUAGUCAGAAAAGCGAGCCAGCUUUGUGCGAUGUCCGAUUCUGAAGUAUACCUAGCCGUGCGACAUGGAGGUAACUUCUAUGUUUACAACUCUGUCGAUGUGGCUUCGCAUCAAGCCCCAGAACCAGAGGCACAUGAACGCAUCGUCAAAGUAGCAGUCGCGAGCAGCACUUGUGGUAUGACUAUCUAA